ACACGCGCGCGGGAGCGCGCUCAGCACUACUGUAUGAGACACGCGUGAACAAUGCGCGCUCAGACUGGAGUCAUUUCAACAUCACUGCGUGUUUGUGUUGAUGAUUAUUGCUGAAUGAUCUCCACUAGGUGUGAUUGGUAUCGCUGUUUGUGUUUGUGUCGUUGUUUCGUCAUGGUCUCUCAGAGGAAGGAGGAAGAUGUGUUCACUGCUCACUACAGUCUGUGAGGAGGAAAUCUGAAGGAUUUUAACGCUCUGUUUCAGUGUGUGUGUGUGUGUGAGUGAGUGUAAGUGUAAAUGUGUGUGUGAGUGUGUUAUUAAAGUGAAAGCAGCCUGUGAUCAUGCGCGUGUGUGUGAGAUCUGGCUGAUUCUUUAUUUCACUGUCAACCGGAUGAUCCGAAACUUCACGAGCGUCUGUAUAUGGAGUCGUUGUGGAUUAUAUGAUUUUUGGAUGCUUUAUCUGUCAUGGAUUAAAAACACUUGAUUCUGUCGGACCGAUUAAGGAUUUAACCGAUGAGAAACUAUAAAGCAGAAGAAUCACAUACACGCGUUUGCAUUUAUUUAUCUGAUCUGAUGGAUUCGGCGAUUAAUCGGGAUGUUCUUCUCUGAUUGGCUGUAAUCGGGACGUUCGGCUCUGAUCGGCUGUAAUCGGGAUGUUCGGCUCUGGAUGAUUAUGACUACAGCAGCGAACUGGGUGGCGAACGGGGCGAGUUUAGAAGACUGUCAUUCCAACCUCUUCUCUCUGGCAGAGCUGACGGGCAUUAAAUGGCGGUGCUACAGUUGUGGUGGUCUGGGCGAAUUUGGGCCGCUGAUAUCCGCUCCGGCGCAGGAUGACCCCAUUCUGCACAGCUUCAUGCAGUGCGUUCGUGCAAACCUGCUGUGUGUGUGGCGGCGCAAAGUCAAACCUGAUGCCAAAGAGCUCUGGAUCUUCUGGUGGGGUGAAGAACCAAACUUGACGGAUAUUAUCCACCAUGAGCUGCAAGUGGUGGAGGAGGGAUUGUGGGAAUGUGGCCUGUCGUAUGAGUGCCGGACGCUGCUAUUCAAGGCCAUUCACAAUCUGCUGGAGAGAUGUUUGAUGGAUAAAGAUUUUGUUCGCAUUGGGAAGUGGUUUGUCAAGCCACACAAGAUGGAGGAGAAGCCCGUCAGCAGCAGUGAGCACCUGUCGUGCUGCUUCUCGUUCUUCCUGCAUGGCUUGAGCAGCGUGUGCUGCAGCGUGGAGGUGUCGCAGCAUCAGCCGCUGCACCGCGUCACGGAGGAUCAUAUGCGUCUGGUCCAGAGCGGCAGCCGCUCACUGAAGGUGGUGUUGAGUCCGUACGGCCUGUGCGGGACACUGACGGGUCGAGCCUUUAAGAUGAAUGACCCUGCGGUGCGUAAAAUCAUGGAGGACUGGAGUCAUUUCUACCCUGUGGUGCUGAAACACAAAGGGACGGAUGCCGACCUGACCUUUGACCCUCAGGGUUACGCUGCACUCGAGGUCAUCGUAGGAGGAGUGCGGAUGGUUUACCCAGAAGCCUUAGUGCUCGUGGCUCAGAGUGACGCACCUGUGCAGGGUUCAGUCAGAGACCUGUCCAGCUGCGGGACGCCCCUCACACCACCCAGCUCACCGGGACAGCACUGCUCAGGAGAUGCUGGCUAUCAGACGACCGUCUGUAUGUCUAGCCAAGAGAAUGCCCCAAACUCCAGCCCAAAGCAUUCUGGGAGAAAGCUCAUGUAUCAGAUACUCCAUGAGGCCUGUAGGGAAUGUUACGUCGAUCCACUUCAGCGCAACAGCGCUCGGUCCGACAGCAUCUGGGGCCUUUCCAGCCCGAGAGAGAGAGUUUCCUGCGGCUGCUACAGGGUGAAGCAGCAGCAGAUGAACAGCACAACUGUGUCUGCCGGCUCCAUCCCUCCACCCUCCACCCAAAAACACAAGGCAGUCGAAAAGCCCGACAAACCCGAGAAGGGCCCCAAACGUGUGUCUCAGACGCCUUUCCACCACCGCGUGUCUGCGGAUCCGCGGCUCUCCUCGGGGCCAGAGCUCGUCCUGAUGCCUCUGGAUGCUCCCUUAUCAGACUGCAAAUACUCCAAACCGCCGUCCGCUGCUGGAAAAGCCCCCGAGUCACUUGUUCAUUCUCCCGUAUCACCACUUCCGCCCACACUGAGCCCCCAUCCGCGGGACCACGAGGCCCCUGUGGGCCUCUCCGACUGUCUGGAGGGGCCGUCAGGACUCACGCGUGUGGAGGCAAGUGAGAGCAUGCGGUACGGGACGCCUCUGGGCACAAAGGACACCACCAGCGAAUGGUGGCGAAGCUACAAGAUUCCCACAACAGACAAGAUGGAAUUUAGACCUCUGGAUCUUUGCUGCAUCUCAGAGGAGAAUCGAACGGAGAGUGAUGGAGCCGCUCUCAAGAGGCUGUUCACUCAGAUGCAGAAGAGAUUAAAGAUCUCAGAGGAGCACGUGAGGAAGGACAUACCGACACAGGCUGGAGCGGAAGAUCCCGCCGAUGAUCCAUAUGACUUUAAAGAGGGAGACAUUGAGUACAGCUUCCCUGCCACCAAAAAGCUGAAAGGACUGAGCCGAGACCCCAACCGCAAAUCUAAGGCUGAGGAGGUGAAUGGGAACAGCGUGGUUCCUGAGGGGAAAGAUGCCAUGUCCAUCUUUAGUUCAUCCCCACAUUCAGAAGAGUCAAAUCCAGAUGAAUCAGAUGACACAGUGAAUCCUCCCUUGACCAGAGAGAAAGAUCUCAUUGUGCUCAUCUCUGACCUGGAGAAUAUCUUUGGGGAAGAAGAUGAACUAGCGAGCACAUUUCCAAACCAGCAGUCAUCCAGGACUGGGGCCGUCACAGUGGAGGAGCGGCCACUAGGAGUCGAGGGGAGAGCUAUAGCACCGUAUCCCUCAACAGUAGCAGAGCUCCAGCGCAUGUUCCCCACACCUCCGUCUCUAGAGCAGCACGCGGCCUUUUCUCCCAUCAUGACGUACCGCGACACACCCAGCCACGAGCCGGCCGGCCCCUCAGCGGGUCAGGAUCAGUCCGGCACCUCUCAGCCCAACAGCCAGCUUGCAGACUUCAAGAUGGAAGUGGAAGAAGACAUGAUCAGCCCCAUAGCCGAGGAUCUGCUGAUUGGUUGCUCCAUGUACGCCCCACUGCGUUCCUUACCCAGCCAGUGUUUGCCUGCUCUUAAAAUCCCUGAGCACUGCUUCUACAGACCGUCCUGGGCUGAUAUGACCAAGAUGGAGCAGCACUGCCUGACCUCUCAAAAUCCCUUCGGCAUCAGCGGUGCUCUUCUGGAGCAGGACUUCACUCCCAUGGCCACUGGCACCGCCGCAGGCAUCCUGCCUUCCCCUGGUACCUCUCGCUUCUCUGUGCCGACACCUCGUACCCCCCGUGGUGGGCAGGGCUCCGUCAGACAGGAUGGUACUGAGCUCAGCUCACCAGCGUCAACCCCCUCCACCAGCGUGCCGCUCAGCUCGGUUGAGCUGUCUGUAUCGGGAGCGCUGCUGCCUGAGGCGCACAGUCUCUACGUUAUACUGCUGCUGUCUGACUCUGUCCUGAAUAUUUUCAAAGACCGCAACUUUGACAGCUGCUGCAUCUGUGCCUGUAACAUGAAUGUUAAAGGGGCGGAUGUUGGUGUCUAUAUCCCAGACUCCACCUGUGAGGACCAGUAUCGCUGCAUGUGCGGCUUCAGUGCGAUCGUAAACCGAAGGCUGGCACACGGGGCGGGCCUCUUCCUGGAGGAUGAGCUGGACAUAUUUGGCCGUGGCUCUGAGGCAGGCCGGGCAGCAGAGAGGAGACUGGCACUGUGCAGACGAGACCCUUCCGGCCGAAGAGUUCAGGAACAACAGACGCCCUCCGCGGUGAUCUCUCUGCUACAGGAGCAGUGCUCUCAGCCAAUCAUAUCCCUGACCUCCCUGCACAGAUCACCUGGCUGUUCUUGUCACGGGCGCCAGGGGGUGCUGAUGCAGAGCUGGGCAAUGGACAGGCUGUGGGCAGACAGCAGUGAUGCAUGUGUGGAGUGUUAUAACGCGCUGGUGCAGGGACUGCAGUAUGUGGACAAUGCAGCUGGAGGGAAGGUGGAACAAGCUACAGUGAGAAGUAGUGCACUGCACGCCUGGCCACAGACCAACGUGUUGGACAUCAGCAAGCUGUCCUCUCAAGAUGUGGUGCGGAUGCUGCUGUCUCUCCAGCCAUUCCUGCAGGAUGCGAUCCAGAAGAAGAGGACAGGCCGGAGCUGGGAGAACAUCCAGCACGUUCAGGGUCCUCUCACAUGGCAGCAGUUCCACAAGAUGGCUGGACGAGGUUCAUAUGGUUCUGAGGAAUCCCCAGAGCCUCUGCCGAUCCCCAGCGUGCUACUGGGAUAUGAUAGGGAUUUUCUUUCUCUGUCUCCACUGGCUCUUCCCUUCUGGGAGAAGUUUCUGUUGGAGCCGUACGGAGGUCAGAGGGAUGUGGCCUUCCUGGUACUGUGUCCCAAUAGUGACGCCCUGCUCAGCGGCACCAAAGCUUUCUUCCAAGAUCUCAGCGCUGUCUAUGAGACGUGUCGGCUGGGGAAGCACCGGCCGCUGGCACGGGUGUCCAGAGACGGGAUUGUCCCAGUGGGAUCAGUGGAGUGUGAGGAGGAGACAGAUGAUCAGUGGUUCUCAGGGCUCUGCGCUGGACAACAUCAGGAGGAAAAUCUCAACAAACUCAAACUCUACACACACACCUGCAGACACACACUCGUGCCGCAGCUCUCUGCCCUGACGCUGGACAGCAGCCUCCUCCUGCCCCCAAAGCCUCCACCUGCUUUUGUUCCUCUCGCCACGCCAGCAACCACUCAACAGCCUGCUGCCGCUGAUGGAGACGGACACUCAGGAAACACCCCUAACCCUACGGGCGGCACCACGUCCCAGUCCAGCAGCACAGAAGCAGGACAGGGGGUUACGGGCGACUUAAACACCACACCAUCAGCAGAGAGCGCUGAGAGCUCAGCAGAGAGGGAACGGAUUGGCAUUCCUACAGAGGCGGAGUCAGCAGACAGCCACGCCCACCCACCCGUGAUCGUGCUUUAUGUGUUGGAUUCCUUCCUGUGUUCGGGGGCGGGGUCAGGGGACGAAGAGGGCAGGGAUAGCGUGGAUGCGGGCAGCGUGUGGCUUUUAGCGCUGCUGCGCUGCUACACGGACAUGCUGAGCGAGCUGCCAGAGAGCAUUCGGCCAGCGCUGGUGCUGCAGGUGUUGCCGUGUCAGUAUCUGUUGCAGCCGGCCAGCGGAGACAGUCCUGUGUACCUGCAGCAGCUGCGAUCGCUGGCCUUCUCCACAUACUCACAAAGCCGCCGCCUGUUACCCACACAGACGCACAUCAGGUCCCUCACUGGAUUCGGCCCUGCGGCCACUGUACAGUCAGUGCUCAGGAGCCCAGAGAGCCCCGGUGUUAUGCGUCUGUAUUCCCCACCUUUCAUUCUGGCUCCGACACGCAGCAAACCGUCUGAGGCGGGUGACGUAUGUUCGGACGCUCCUUCACGCUGUAACGUGCUGUUUGUGGGAUACUGUCUGUCGCAUGACCAGCGCUGGAUCCUGGUGUCCUGCACAGACCAGCAGGGGGAGCUGCUGGAGACCUGCGUCAUCAACAUCGAUGUGCCCAACAGAGCUCGGCGGCCGAAGUUCUCUCCUCGGAAAAUUGGCCUCCAAAAGUUAUGGGAAUGGUGCGUAGGCAUUAUUCAGAUGACCUCACUGCCGUGGAGGAUCGUGAUUGGUCGUUUGGGAAGACUGGGCCACGGGGAACUGAAAGACUGGAGUGUGCUGCUGGGCGAGCAUUCGCUGCAUUCAAUUGGCCGUCAGCUGCGGGAAGCGUGUCGUAUGUGUGGUUUGUCCGCUGCUGAUUCGCCCUCCAUUCUCAGCGCCUGCCUGGUUUCCAUGGAGCCGCAGGGAUCUUUUGUGGUGAUGCCAGACGCAGUGACGAUGGGCUCAGUGUUCGGCCGCAGCACCGCUCUGAACCUGCAGACGUCUCAGCUCAACACUCCUCAGGACGCGUCCUGCACACACAUCCUGGUGUUUCCCACCUCCUCCACCACACAGGUGGCGCCGAGCACCUACCCGACCGAAGACAACCCCGAUGACAUGUUCGGUUUGCCCUUCCCCGAUGAGCUGGAGAGUGACAUCGGCCACGACGACAUGAUGCUGCUCACAGGAACGCUGCACCCGUCGCCCAGCGCGUCCCCCGUCCCGUCCCCAGGGUCCCCGAGCACCGGCUCUCACUUCCAGCAUACGCGGAGUCAGAGCGAGCGUUUGCUGUCCCGGGACUCUCCGGAGGAGCUGAAGCAGCAGCCGCUGGCUCUGGGAUACUACGUGUCCACGGCUCCGGCCGACGGGCUACCGCACUGGUUCUGGGCCUCCUGCCCGCAAGCGCAGCAUCAGUGUCCGCUCUUCCUCAAGGCGUCUCUGCAUCAUCACAUCUCCAUCGCUCAGACGGAUGAUCUGGUGUCUCUGCGCAUUCACCCGCUGGACUCCAAAACCACCUCAGACGUGCUCAGGUUUGUUCUGGAGCAGUAUAACGCUCUGUCCUGGCUCACCUGUGAUCCCGCCGCACAAGACCGGCGUUCCUGCCUUCCCGUUCAUUUCACCGUCCUCACGCAGAUGUACAACGGUAUCCUGAAACUCCUGUAGAGGAGCUCACGCACUGAUUCUCCUCCGCUUCUCAUGAUGAGCUGGGAACGCAUGAGGUUUUUGUGCUUGAGAAAGACAGACACACUUCUGAAAUGAAGUGUGAAGAUGGAAUAUAAUCAUCAAUGUAAAAACAGAGCUCAGCAUCAUCAUGUGGGUGAUUUGAUUCAUUCGUUCAUGUGAGAGACUCUGAUCAUCUCCAGCACGGUUAAAGGAGACGUUAGAACUGAAAUAUAUUAGAAACGAACAACAAAAUGGCACUUUUAUGAUCCAACAUUGGACUGACAAACUUGAUAAGCAACGUCUGACAGUUGUUUAAAAUGUUCAUAGUGUAAGAGUAACAUUUACAGAGGAUUAUUUUUAUGAAACAUUUGAAUAAAAUCAAUCAAGGCCUUUUUUCUAGAUUCACAGCCUUGAGAUCACACAAGCAAAUUCUAAUUUUAAAUAGAACUAUGAGAUGCUAAAAGGCAUAUUUAUAUAUGAAAUGUCUUUCUAAUGCCGCUGUGGCGCACAUGAUGACCGCUGUGCUCGGUUUACAUCUGAACAGUUUUCCAGAGGAUGACGCAUUAUAAAACAUGUAUGAAUGACGAUGCAUUACUUUUUAUUUUCUGUUAUGAAAUGUCUUCAAGCCUUUUCUUAUUUAAUAACUUAACUAAAAAUGCAGCACAAAUUAUAUUUAUAAUGCAUUUUCUGUUAAAUAAACUUGAAUAGGCAAUAGAGUUAAAUCAGCAUAUAUCAGCAUAAAACUUGCAUAUGCAUUAUUUGCUAUUUGCUUUUUAAAGAUGUCAGAUCGGUCCAUCGACAGCGACCUGCGUUUGUACUUUCCUGCAUGUUUUGUAAAUACACUUUUCAGCAGUGUGUUUUGAUAUUUCUUAAAACUGUACAUUUCAUGUCAGUUUGUUUUAUUUUAUUCUACAUGACUCCUAUGAAGUUUUUUUUAUUGAUUUUUUUUUCUCUGCCUUUUUGAAAUAUUACCACACAUCAUUAUUGAAUAACUUAUAUAUAUGUGUGUGUAUAUAUAUAUAUAUAUAUAUAUAUAUAUAUAUAUAUAUUAUGUUAUUCAUAUUAUGUUAUUCAAGUGCAGCAAAUAUGACUCUUAAUGUACCAAUAAAAAGCAUUUGUUAUACCAACCAUCAUUUGAAAUAUCAAGCCGAUGUGACAACAGAGUGAUUUGUAUCUUUUACACGUUUUUUUUUUUUUUUAAAGUAAAUGACAUAUGAAUGUU